CCGAAGCUUGGCUCCGAUUGUUCACCUGUUGUUCGUCAUUUGCAGUUGUUUGAUAACAAGUUCUAUAGGUUUUUUCUUUUCAGUGUAAGAAUACUAUUCGUUGCAUCAAUUUCCAUUUACAGUGUACGAAGCGCAUCAAUAACACGAUAUGGACAGUUUCACCAGUUUGUUUGAAAACAUUGCAGUGCUAACUUUUUUGUUGUAUUAGAUUCACAGUGAACAACAAAAUGAAUAUUCCCCAAAUAAACAAGGACCGUAACGAUUGCGAAGUGGAAAGUUUCAUUAAAGUCGAAGAAACAAGCUUAAUUGAACCGAUCGAUCAACCGGAUAACAGCAACCCGUACCCUUCGAUUGAUGAGAACAAGCUCUGUGGCAUACAGCUGAAAGCUAAUAAUAUUAAACGGCACUCGCGUACGCACUUCAGCAAGAAAUUUGUCGACUGUAAUAAAUGUGGAAAAAAGUUUCCCUAUCGGAGUUCACUUAUUCAGCACAAGCUCACUCAUUCGGAUGAUGAUGGUUCUUUCUGCUGCGAGAUCUGCAACAAAAGGUUCAAGGAAGAGGAGGUUUUGACGCAGCACCUAAAAAAGCACGAGAGAAAUUAUAAAUGUAAUGUCUGCGAAAAAGGUUUCCUUUAUCCAUGUCUACUGAAGCAGCAUGCGCUGAUUCACUCUGAUGAUCCGGCCGUACAAAAAUUCAAAUGUGAGAUUUGUGCGAAAGCGUUCACGAAUCAGUUCAAUCUGAACGUGCAUCUGGAGGGGCACAAAAAACUUUUCGCCUGUGAUGAGUGCCCAAAAACAUUCGUUUACUAUAAAUCGCUGCUCGAUCACAAGCCCGUACAUUCCGACAAACAAGCUAACAAAUGUGAAAUUUGUGGGAAAAGUUACCCGGAGAGCUACCUCAAGGCUCAUAUGAGAGUGCAUGCUGGCAAUCAGCGCUACAAAUGCGAAGUAUGUGGAAAAAUUCUUUCGUCCACGAACACCCUCGCAAUUCACACGCAAAUUCAUCGCGGCGAAACACCUUACAAGUGCGAGAUUUGCGGCAAAAGUUGCUCUAGUAACUCUUGCUUGAAGAUACAUCUACGAUCGCAUACUACGGAGGAUCCAUUCGGUUGCGACAUUUGUGGUGCACGAUUUGCAGCGAAAUGCAGCCUGAAGUAUCACAUGGCAGUGCACAAAAAUAGUCGACCCCACCAGUGUGACAUCUGCGGGAAAGGAUUUAUUACCGGCUCGAAAUUGUCGGUGCACUCUCGCACGCAUACUGACGAACGGUUCUAUAAAUGCUGCAACUGUGACCAGUCCUACAGAACGGCAAGGUCCUUGAAAAAUCAUUUGAUGAAUGCCCACAGUAGUGGGAAAAAUAAAGCUGUAACGAAAAGUAGUAGUGAAUGAAUAAAAUCAAUUUUCUAGUUA